AUCCGAACGGAGUAGAUGGAAAAUACGGAAAAUGGCAUUUCCCGCUACGUAACAUUUUCCAGUUGCUGUUUGUAAAUUGUAAUGGGUCUGUGAUAGAAAGCUCAAAAUGUAUUGGUUAGGAGAGUAGUCUAAGAUUUUGUAUAAAGGGCAUGCCAAACAUAAAAUAAGAUAAAUUUUAAGUGCUAGGUAUUUGAAUUUUGUUAGAAACAUUUAUUAAGAUGGUGGAAUCUGAAAGAAAGUGUUCUGCGGAGAUACAUUUAGCUGACAAUGCUUUGCCAAUACCCAUACAAAUAUUUUUAUGGAAACAAGUCGGACCCUUUGUACGUCCAAAAUUGGGUAAACUUCAUGAAGCUUCUUGUAUGUUUUGCCAACAUGCCAGUACAGGACAUCAUGAGUUAAAAGAAGCUUGUAAAUCUUUUGAAAAAGUUCUAGUUCAAAAUAUAAAAUCGGGAUUAAAACCGGACUUAACUGAUGCCAUCAAGUCCAUUCCAAGAUGGCGUCUAAUUCAGGCUUCUUUGCCACAUGUUAUGCAUGCUGUAGCUUCUAUUCUUUAUAACAGAAUGAAGGACGGAAAUAUACAAAACUUGGGCGCAGUGGAGACCAAGUUGCUGUAUACUUUACAUUGGAUAAUUCUCGAUGCAAUGGAAGAAUGUGCAGACGAAGAUUUUGAGCAAGGAAUUUUUCAUUUGUCCCCGUUCUACUAUUUAUUCUCAAUACCAACUAUAACGCUCUUUGUCUAUAUCUUCGCUCCAAUCUGCCAUAACCUAAAGGAAUCAGAUUUUCAAAAUUUUCGCCUCGAAAACGGUUUAAAAAUAUGGCAAGCUAUGUGGGAAUUUCGCCAUCCAGAUGCCCCUUGUUUUGUCUCCCACUGCAAGCCAAAACCGAAGUUUCUCAAUGGAAAAAAUUUGAAAUACAAACAACAGUUUGGGGAUGUAUUUGUUGGCAGAAAGCAAUCUCAAGACGAACCCCUUACCCGAGACAGUCCAACGAGUCAAGGAAUAAGUGCUUCGAGCUCCGAUCAACAGCACUUUCCGCUCCCAGGUCCUGUUACAUGUGGGGCUCCAGUUACCAUAACCGCUACCAUUACUACAAAGGUCGACGAUGAGGGUUCUUGGGUAUCGUCUCCAAAAGAUACAGUAUUUCCAGAAACUAUACCAGAAGAAAGUUCUAGUACGGAAGAAGAACACGUUGUUAUAUUCAGAUUGCCAUCGCUGAAUGAGUCAGAUGGUUUUAUUCGAGACCCCUCUAUUUAUACUGCUGAAACCAGUAUUAUUCAACUGGCUAUGAGACGUAAUGGUAGUGGACGCACGGUUAAUAACGUUAAACCGGAGCAUAUUUCACCAGGAGACCCCAAAGCUGGAACCAAACCACCAAUGCAGAAAGUUGGCUCUUCCACCGACAAAGAUUCAUUGGAUAGCAGUAAACUGCCUUCAACAGAGGCUCCAGCCAAAGAAGAUAUGACUAAAAUGGCUAUGCACGUCUAUGACAGUUCAGCAGCGACAUUUUUAGACGUUGCUGUUUUGAGGUGUUUGUUCAUAACGUUAUGGCAAGAGGAGGGAAUCUACUGGGCUCUGCAUUAUAUGUACAAUAGAUUAAGAGAUAUAAAUGAUGAAUCAGUAGGUCAACAACAACCCAGAAAAAGAAGCAAUUCAUUGCCAAUACCUAAAAUUGAAGUAUCUCUGUAUCAAAGCAAUGACUCUAGAAAGGGAGAAAAUGGAAAUAAGGACUUCAUAGAAGUGCCAGAACCCAGAGAUGUUUCCCUUCUUACAGAUGCUUUUCCAGAGUCUCCAUUUUACAACCAAUCAAAAUCGGAGGAGUCUCUACACAAACGAUCAUCCAGCGAGAAAAUAGGCAAGAAACGAAAGAAAAUUUCAGACUUGAAAACUUUUGUAGAGACUAAACUUUUGUCGAAAUCCGACAAAGCUCUGGAAAAAAUUGGACAAGAGGAACAAAGACCUCUUGGAAAAAGUUCGGUGGGUUCAAGAAGAAUGUUGAAUGUCCUCCAAGAAUAUCAUAGAAGCUUGGAUACAGGCGAUGAACACCUGUCACGCACCCAGACGUCCAUGUCAAGAAUGUUCGAGCCUCCCACUAACUUGGUCAAAGGAAAAAGUAUGCCAAGUCUUAGCUGUAUUUUAGAUGAACUUAAUCAACCGGGAGGGUACGUUGACGAAUUGACAUGGGAGGUGAAAAGAGUGGGGAAGUUUGCUCAAAGUCAACCUAUGGCGAAUCCCAUCAUUACUGUGACUGAACAUACUCCAACGCCUUCUCCUGAUUAUUUAAGAAGACAGGGCUCCAUGGACAGCCAACUCGAUGCCGCAAGUCUAUCAGGCAGUAAACUAGGUAACUGGCAAGAAAGAAAGUCCAGCUUAACUCGUUCUCAAACAGACUCUAAUAUUACCUACGCUGGAGAAGACGUACCUGAGGCACCAGGAGCAACCUGCUAUAUAACUAAAGAUGGUGAUAUAGAUCUUCAAGUUGUAUUACAGGCCGUCCACAGAACCUCGGUGAGAGAGAGCUCUUCUUGCACGUUGAGAGUGUUGGAAGUUAUACUAAAUAUAAUAGAACUAAUAAUGGACAUGGGUGUUCUAAAACAAUGCUUGAAAGAAGAAGCUAUGGGUUCAACUACUAAUCAACAGGAUGCUUCUACACCUGAUAAAAAAACUGGCAAAAUGCAACAAAGUAGCACUCAUGGUUCCCUUGGUAUUACCGAUCCAGAUAAGAAUAAGCCAAUAUCUUCCCAUAGACUUGUUAUGAAUAGCAUUAUUAGAGUUCUGAAGCACCUGGGUUGUCCUCAAGGCUGUGCUGAUGGCCAAAGAGGACCAGCAGCUGAAUUUUUAAGAACUCAAUCCCAAAAUAUUCUCGUCAAGCUCAACAGAGCCAGUCCUAAGCAGUUUAAGUCAUUCUUGAAGGAUUACGUCAAAUACGAACCUCUGACAGAUGUUAUGGAUUUCUUCCAUGCUUAUGUUGGUUUUUGCAUUGACCCCAGUUCUUUGUUGUCUCCAUUGAACCAGAAGAGGGGUUCUAGCAAGUCACAAGACACAGUAUCGCAAAGUGGUUAUGGUACCAACUUUGGCGCAGGCCUUGGUGGCGGUGGCAUUAGAGGCAUUGAAGGUACCAUCAUGUCUCACGUCUUCAAGCCACUGGUGACGCGGUUCGUCGAUUCGAGCAAGGAAAUCAAGACGCCGGAGAGUCUAACUCUAUAUUGUGAAAUUAGACAAUUGAUGACAUAUGUGAAAGAAGGACAUGGAAGUAUAUUCAGAAGAGUAGCUUUAAGUGCUCUUAUUGAUUCAGCAGAUAAACCAAGCAAGAAAGAGGUUAACAUGCAGACAACACGAGUAAUCAGACACAUGCAUCAUUCUGAGGUAGAAGAACAACAGGAUGUUCCAACUGACACCCAGUCAUAUACCGAGGAUAGAGGCACACGAAAAUCGUUAUUUAAAAAAAGAAGUACAUCAUCAACUUGCCCUAGUCUACUUGAAACUGAAGCUGAAGAACUUCCAAAAACGAGUCAAAGUCCUAUUGGAAAUAUUAGAAAGAAACAUUAUAUACUAACACCAAGACAAAGCGAGAGAGCAUUGGGCAUUGCUUUAGAACCACAACUAUCUAUCAAGGCCAAAAAAUCUAAACUUGGAGGUCUAGUAAACUGGUUCAAAAAAGGUGAGAGUUCAUCCCAAGACGAACUGGACAAUGUCGAUAACGGCGACUCAUUCACUGAUACAUCCAGUUUUAUCAGGCAAUCUUCCAAAUAUUACCAAUCAAAAGAAUCUGGAAGAAGCAAUGUUAGCCAGAGCAUACAAAAGGCCAAGCGACGAAUGGAAGACAAAUUCAAAUUCGUGCUGAAGAAAGGAAAGAAAAAAGAUGGCAGCCAAGAAGAGUCUGCUGGAGGAUGUAGGCGAACGAAUUUUAAAAAAUCUACAAACAUAAAAAAUAUUUAUUUUGUAGAUUACAGUAGGAAAAACUCGAUGGAAUUCGGCGAUAAUUCUAGAGAGUCUGAAUUUGUAGUUUUGAAGGAAAGGAAAUUGGUGUCUACGAGCACGGUCUAUCAGGGCGUUUGUAGAUUAUCCUUUCUAUUAGAAACGUGUCCCCCGGGAUCAGUUCCCGAUGCACAUUUGUUGGCUUCUGUUUUAGAUUUGCCCCACGCAACAGUAAUCGCAAGGGCAACUCUUCUACUUGAAUGCGCAUAUUUCGUCCACUGUUGUAACAAAAACCAAUGGCCCUCUUGGAUGAAGUAUAACCUACCGGUUUAUAGACCAUCCGGACCGCUUCCGGCCCGAGGAAACAGUACCACCGGUCUCAGAAGAUCGCAUAUUAUGCAAAGGGCAGCUGGAAAAAUGUUUUAUCAAUGGGCAGAGGUAAUUGGCCAAAGACUGGAAGAAUUUAUGAACGAAGACAAAGCUCUACACCCACAAGUGAGUGCAAUGGUAGCCGACGAGCAAAAACAAAAAGAACUCUUAAUACAAGACGAAGAAGAAGAUUUUCUGGACGAAGCCAGUAUUAAUUCGUACGGAUCUUCGUGUCCGAUGGCUUUACGUCUUAUUGCAUGUGUUCUUCUGCAAGAAAUUACUGCAUUUCUUCGAGAAACUUACCAAACGUUACCGAAGUCGUCUAGAGUUAUGGAGAAAGGAAAACCAGCACCAUGGGAAAAGUUAUACAGCAAGGAAGCCAAUAGGAGGUGGAGUAUGGCUCUGUCUUCGAUGGGUCACUCUCAGACGUCUGCUCAAAGUUUGCAGUCCAUUGCUGGAGACAGAGAUUCAGGUCAAGCAGGAGAAAGAAAGAUAAGUUUUGUUUUGCAUGAGCCUGACAACGAAUCUGAAGGGAGUAGUCAGACAACAGUUACUAUGCAGCAACUACUACAAGGAGACGAUGCCAAACGGCAACAACAAGCCAGACCAUCUUACAUCCUGAGACGAGGAACGGCAGCACCAACUGGGGGUUCUUUUAAAAGAAGAAGUUUGAAAUUGAGAAGAGGCACUAAAGAAGGGAUGGAUGUUGAAUGGAAAAUUCCAGACUCCGUAAAACGCACAGACUCCAUCCAGUCGAAACGAAAAGUAAGCUCUAUAUCAGAUAGAAGCGACACCUCUGAACCAGGAGCUCCAGGUGAAGUUAGCGGGGAAGAAUCCCCAGGAGUUCUCAGCGACGAGCAGCCUCCUGAAAGUCCAAGUGACAGCAACGAUACCGACGAUACCUCCAAACACAUGCCUUGGCUUAAAACUAUGAUCCAAGUGUCCAACUCUUUUUACUACUACUGCCCCCACCAACAAUUCUGUCAUCCGUUUUGCUACAGAAGAGUGAUGAGAGCUUGCAGCAGACUUAUUAAAGCCUCCAGAAAGGUUUAUGGUGAGGAGUUUGGAAUCUUAGACGAUAAGCUUUGCAUGGACUUUGGUGGUAAGAAGAAAACUAAAAAAGAGAAGGGACAAAACAGGAAAGUGUCCGAUCAAACAAGUUCAACGGUGUCACCAAUAAGGCGAAAAGAUAGUGUAGGAAAAAAGGAGAAAAUCGACAAAAACGUAGAUACUAGUCAAAUGGGUAAACUAUUUUCGAAGGAUUCAUCUAGAGACAUUGCUGAUUCUGAUACUGGAGCCGAAUCAAAAAUUAGUUCUGAUAAAAAACCUGAAGAGCCUCCACCGAUUUUGAAAUACCUUAAAACUCAGGUAAAGGACGCUUUUCACUCGCCUUUGGCAGUUCUACUUAAAGGUGCAGUUAUCAUGACCGAAGAAAACUUCCUCGAUAUCAUUCCAGUCGCCUGGGAGCUGCUUCUGGAACCCAAUCAAGAAGUCACAGCAUGUGCUGCUUCUAUUUUCAUAUUAGGUGCCGUAAAGUCUCCUCAAACAGUGUCCGAUAUAAUGCAGCAUGGACUGUCUCAUCCAGAUUGUGCUAUAAGAAUUAACGCUAUUUUACGUUUUCAAGUUUUGUGGAAAAUGAGAUACCAACCAUGGCCCAGAAUGGAGGAAAAUGCUCAAGUUCUUUUUAAAGUUCCCCCUCCAGGAAUAGAGUUUACUCUGCCAUCUCCAAAAAUUGGUAUAGAAUCACUGGAUGUUGUUGAUUCCCCCUGGGAGUUGUUAGUAAAGACCAAAGUUGAAGAAGUUACUAUAAAUCAAGAGAGGCAUCGCUCUCUAGUAACAGCUACCAAAACUAGAAAGAAGCAACAAACUGAAUUAAUCAAAAUGGCCCUGCAAGCACAAGACGACAAGAAGAGGGAAGAAAGAGAAAACUUCUUAAUAACUACCAUUCCUAUAACCAUCCAAGCUGCUCAUGAGCCUAGUCUCUACCAUACUGGAGAAGAACACGAGGAAGUUGAUGAUGAACAAGUUGAUGGCCAACCACGAAAUACUGGUCAUCAUCUCCAUUCGGCGCAUUCUCUGUUUCCGUCAUGUCUUUGUUCUGCUGUAGUUCAAAUAAUCAAUCUCCUAGACGAUGCUGCAGUGUCAGCCGAUGGAAACGCUGUCUAUGAAGUCGCUUACCAGGUAAUAUGGACGUGUUUGGUAGAAGAUAGUGCUCUAUUUUUAAGAUACAUUUUGGAAAGACUAACCAGAGAAAAACAAGAACUCAUGUUCAAAAUUUUAAGGCAUUUGAUCAGAUUUAUUCCAAAGCUACCACAGCAAGCAGCGUUUGCUCUAUACAAUUAUAUAAUUGGUUACGUGAUGUUCUACGUAAGAUCUCCACAUGAAGAUGGUCAGAAGUUGAUUGGAGCUGCCCUAUCACUUUUAUGGAUGGUUGUUCAUAGCGUCCAUGGCAUUAUGUUUAAAGAUCUCAAACAAAUUCUACGCAAAGAACAAUGCGAUGCGUCCAUUUUGUUGACGGCAAACGUCCCUUCUGCGAAGAAAAUUAUCGUCCACGGUCCGCAAGAUCCAGAUGCCGGAGGAAUCCCAUCUCAGUUCCCUGUUCAAGAAGAUACACAAUUUUGUCAAAUAUUACGAGAAGCUUUGGAUUUCUUUGGCAUAGAGGAAUCUAAACAUAAAGAAUUCUUUUUGGUAGAUUACAAAACUCAUCAAAUUCGAAAUCCUUCAUCAUACGUUCGUGAUUACUAUUUUUUUAAAAGAUCGCAGUAUCCACAACUGGAGCUUGUCCAUAUGAAACCAGACGUUGCUUUUAACGCUCUACAAAAACAAGAAUUGUUGCAUAAGUUUGUGGAAAUAGGGAAAGUCCUUUUGACAUGGGCUAUUUUAAAAAAUGUUGAUAUGGUGGUGCAAAGAGUGGUGUUUCUUCACGAGGAGUUGAUGAAACUACCAUCGUUUCCCAGGAAAGCUUUGGAAUCUGAUUUGGAUUUAUAUAAAAGUGGACCACUUGGUAAGGAACUUCUUGGGCUGGAUGUUUUACACAAAUUUAUGUGGGUGAGAUUGAUAGCCCGAAUGUUCGAAGCAAUGGCUGGUAACUUUGCUUACUCCGGAGAUAUCCAUCUCUUCGUGAACGUGCUCAAUGGAGCUUUGGUCCUUCAUUCGGAAGACGCCUGCAUUUUGAGAUACGUCACCGCGACAUAUAUCAAUGCAGCGUUCCAUUUCAAAAAUAUUUUUUCGACGAAUGGGUAUCUACUAAUCAUGCCCACUUUGCUAAAGAUCUACUCCAACCACCAAACUAAUCAACUGGUGACGACUACAAUUGAAUAUGCAGUAAAACAAUUUUAUUUGAUGAAUAGAAAGCCGUUCAUAUUACAAAUGUUUGGCUCAGUGUCUGCAAUGUUGGAUACGGAUGAAGACGGAACCUACGGGGAUGCCCAUAAGAUUCAAUCCAGUUGUCUCUUCAAUUUACUUCUGAGUCUGGAAACCCCAUCUCCAGAUCCGCUAAAUAUCGCAGAAUUGGUUAAAGAAGACAAACCCUUGAAAGCUAUCGAUUUUUGCUACCACGACGAGAAUGAGAUGGUUACCAUCUUAGACUGUAUUUCAAUGUGCGUAAUGGUAGUCUCAUAUUCGUCAGAAAGUGUUAGAGGAUACCAAAUGCUGAUAAUUUUGGAAGCAAUUCUACCAUGUUAUGUACGCCAAAUUCAAUAUCCAACAUAUAACAAAGAAGGCAAGAAGGAGAAAGAUAUAAUAAAUCAACUUGCAGUCGCUAUAAAAACCUUGGUGAAUAACUGUGAAUCUUUGACGAAAAGUUACAACGGACCUCAUAGGUCAAGUCCAGAACACAAAGGCUCCAGCCAAAGAAAUUAUAGUCGAGGACCUUAUUCUCCAGGAUUUGACUUCGAGGACGACUCCCAUUCAAAGUUUAUGAGCGAGCAUUCUAGAGCGAAGAGCAUGUACGAACACGACGUGGAAGAUUCCGAGGUUUUAAGGGCUGAGUACAGAAGACCAAGAGAUGUAUUGUUGUCCUUAGUGGGCGAAUUUGUGUGCAAAGCAUCGAUAAGACUGCAAGAACUGAAUAAGAAGAGUAAUAAUGACGGAAAAGUGGUGGAAUUGUUGGAUAUAAGGUCUCAUGUGCGAUUAGCUGAUAUAGCUCACACGUUGUUGAAAGUGUCCCCUUAUGAUCCAGAAUCUAUGGGAUGCAGAGGUUUGCAGCAUUAUAUGACGUACAUUUUACCAUCCACUGAUUGGUCUAAUGAUGCCAUGCGUCCAGCUUUGGUCACUAUUCUGAGAAGACUGGAUAAAGUGUUCCAAAAAAUAUCUAAAAAGACUUCUAUAAGGAGAAACACUGAUUGGGAUGCAGCAGCAGGAUUACUUAAGGGCAUUUACGAUACAAUGGUUAAAUAUCCCUACAUAAUCCACUGGUCUCAGAUUAAAGCACUUAUCAGUACAUGUCAGAGUUUAGUGGUAAGUGGUGACAACUGUCAAUCUGAAGGAAUGACCUCAGCUACAGCGGCGCUAUUGAGGCAAGCUCCCCCACCACACUUUUGCUCCAUGGUGGUGCGUCUCAUUGCUCUACAAAUUCAAAAUAUGCAAGAUACAUCCACUUUGGAGCAAGUGUGCGGUGGUAGUUCCCUUUUCCCAUCUCAAGAAAAAACUGAGAGCAUGAUUAUUAACCUUAUCAUGCCUCUGUGUCUUCGAGUAGGAUCUGGAAGGAAAGACGUUGGUCAAAUGAAACAAGCCGACAUUAGUUUCGCACUAACUCUGGUACUGCAUGCCAUGAGUCCACCAAAUACGAAGAGUUUGAAUCCUUCAGGUCCGAAUGUUAAACCAACGGCGGAAAAUAGAACUGGAAGUUUGACUUUUACUGGCACAAGGGAUGUGAAAUUAUCUGCGAAAAUCAAAACAUCUUUAUACCAAGUGGCGUUCUUAGCUUUAAAAAUCAUGGCGAUAUGUUUUGAAGGCGAGUUGAUGAACGAGUGGUCGAAGAUCGGGCGAACUAUGAGGGAACUUGGCAAAAGAAAUGAAGCUGCGACCUUUGUUUGGGACUUUUUAGAUUUCGUCGUUACUCACCGGACCGUUCUGUAUAUCUUAAUGCAACCCUUCAUAUUCCAAAAGCUAGCACAACCGCCUAUAUCAGAUUUUGAACGAAAUAUGCAUUCCAAAAUAAGAAAUAAGAUGCACAGCAUCGGUUUGCCGCUUCCAAAAGGCAGGGGAGCACUAUUAAUGGAACUAGCCCACGAGAUGAAACUGUUGAAAGAAGAAAUUGAAAACUCACGAGAGAACUUGUUCGAUACAAAGAAAGAUUCUGCUCCUACCUGUCAAAUGACAACAGAAGUCCAUUCAACCAGAACUCAAAGACCUUCAUUAAUAGGUCUUCUAACAGGCGAAGGUCAUCAUGGAAAGAGUGCUGGAACUCACGACAUCAUGCAUUCCCAUCUCAAAGAAUCGUCAAGUACAAGCCACACUUCAACUCCCGUUCAAAGUUCACACAUAAAUGAAGGACAGGAACCAAAUGCUAACGGUCACUCCACGCCAGGCGCUCAACCAGACCGUUCAUCCCAAAGAUCUUCAGUUAGUGACGACCACGGUGUACCUAUGCCCAAGUCAGAAUCCCUCAUGUUCCAUAAGGCCCACAAACUGCGUUUCGUUUCUUCCGUAGAAUUUAGACACUCCUCAGGAGAAACAUCGACUACACCCUUAAGUCCAGGAAGUCCUGCGGAAGACAGCUCUGGAGAGAUAUAUCCAAAUAAACCAAGAUUGCAGCGUAUUAAACCCCAAAGCAGGAAAACCUUUCGGAUAAGAAAGAGCAAGAAAACCAGACAAGCUGAGGUUGCUCAAGCCAAACAUGAGUCAGAAUCGAUUCUAGGCCCUCAACAUCAAGAUUCUCUAUCCCCACCACCUACUCCUCCAGUAAUUACUCAAUCACUGCAGGAAAGUCAACAAUCGCAAUCUCAGACAACACCGCCAAAAGCCGAUCUGUCUCAGAGUCAAAAAUUUGAACCGAUUUCUGAUUCUCAUCGUCUACGAAUUGCUACCAGAAACAAGAUGGCGGAAGGAUCCUGGGACGAGGAUUCUGCGAUUUCGCAAACUUCUAGCACGUCAGGUUACAGGGAAUCCUACCCAGUGAUGCACCUCAAGGAAACUCUGGAAUCGUCCCCCAAAGCGUUCCCCCCACUUGCGUCACCAGACAUCCACAGUCUGCCCUCCACGAGCAGCGCUACCACAACGAAUAAUUUUCUUUUGAUGGACAAUUCUUCUCCGGACUGCAGCCUCAACGAAAACGGCGAGAAGACAGCUCUGCUGGGUCCAAGUGAGAAGUCAUCUUCACAUCAGUCGCUGUUGAUGGUGUUUGAUGCUCAAGACGAGAACACCCUUAUAUAGUAAAAUACGUGACUGGUUCUAUAAAGUAUUAUUAAUUAUUUAGCAGAUUUAUAGUAUACAUUAUAAGAUUAUUAGAAAUAUAUCUGUAGUUGUUUAACUAAUUAUUUAAAUAAAUAUGAAAAACAC